AUGGCAAAAGCUGAAUGGAACGGUGAAUAUAUUUAUUUUUUUAAUUUUCCUGCAAAUAGUAUUAAAUCAGAAUUUCUUCUCAUCACACAUUAUGUCCAAAGAAAGGAGAAGCUUCAUAUUACAACAUCGAUGAUAAUGGUAAACGCUGCUAGAUAUUAUUCUAAACCAAAAGAUGCUGCGAAAAAUAUUCAAGGAUAUACUGCUCUUUGGAAUGGUUUUAAUAAUACUUAUGAAAAUGGAAAACGCGAAAUAUGUAAUACAGUUGAUAAAUAA